AAGGCUAACGGUCAAGUCAACAUCAUAAUAGGAGGAUAAAUUUGAUAUAAUACAACUAUUUUCCUUCUCUCUGUUCUAAAACAGAGCAAAAACAGAGCACUCAACAUAGCAAAAAAUGGUAGCUCUGUAUCACAACCAAUUUUAUCUCUCUAAAAUCCUCUCUUUCUCUCUCUUCAUCUCCGUCUUCUUCACCAUAUCUCAUUCCGAUGAUCUCUCAUCCCUUUUAGCCUUCAAAUCGAAAGCUGAUACGUCGAAUUAUCUCACUUCAUGGUCUAAAAAUGUGCCCUGUUCUUCAUGGUUAGGCAUUAAAUGUCACCCCAUUACUCAUAGAGUCAUAAAAAUUGUACUCAAUCACUUAAAUCUCACAGGCUCAAUAUAUCCAUUAACCCAUCUUACACAAAUUCGUCAUUUGAGUUUACACCAUAAUUCUCUCAAUAUGAUACCGAAUUUCGAUUCUUGGCCUAAUUUGAAACAUGUUUAUCUCUCACACAACAAAUUUUCAGGUGAAUUCCCCUCAGGGAUUAACCAUUUAAAGCGUCUCAGACGACUUGAUUUGUCUUAUAAUGAGUUUUCAGGUGAGAUACCGGUAAUGGAGUUGGAUCAGUUACCGCAUUUGAUGACUCUGUAUCUUGAGUUUAAUUCCUUUAGCGGAUCACUUGGUGCUGAUGAAACAAGAGCUGCUGUUUCACUUAAGGAGUUUAAUAUUUCUGGCAAUGAUUUUAGUGGAAAGAUUCCAAAUUGGUUGUCCAAAUUUCCAGUGGCAUCAUUUUCAGGAAACGUUCGCCUCUGUGGAUAUCCAUUACGAACUAUUUGCCCGAGUGAAACAGUGAGUAGUAAUCCAACAGUGAUGAGCACUCCUAAUUCACAAGUCAACUUUUCUAAUCAAAAGAAGAAGAAUUUGAGUUCAAACAUGUUCCUCUUGAUAGUCACAAUUGAUGCAAUUGGUGUUAUGAUGACAGUUUUCGUAAUAACAUGUUGUUGUUAUUACAGAAAGAAAAAUCAAGAAAGAGAAAUUUACACGUUGAAGAAGAAGAAGAACAAUAAUCAGGACACGAGUAGUUCAAGUUUGUACCAUUCAUUUGAAUAUGGUAUCAAAAGAACAAGUGAUCAAUUUGUAACAAUGGUUUGUUUUGAAGGGUGCAAAGGUUUUAACAAAGUUGAUGAUUUAUUGAAGGCCUCAGCUGAAAUGUUGGGAAAAGGGAGUGUUGGAACAAGUUACAAAGUGGCUAUAUUGGAUAAUAAUGGAGAUGUUGUUGUGGUUAAAAGGGUAAUUGAAAAGUUGAAGAAAAUGAAGGAUGUUGAUGGAAUUUUGAGAUUGAUUGGUAAUUUGAGACACAUUAAUGUUGUGUCACUUAGAGCUUAUUAUUCUUCAAAAGAGGAGUUGCUUCUUGUCUAUGAUUUUCUCCCCAGUGGAAGCCUACACAACCUCUUACAUGGUAAUCGUGGACCGGGAAGAACACCAUUGGAUUGGACUACAAGGCUAAAAUAUGCACUAGGAGCAGCAAAGGGACUUAGUUUCUUGCAUAGCUACAACAAAACCAAGAUUUGCCAUGGGAAUUUCACAUCAUCAAACAUACUAAUUGAUCACUAUGGCAAUGCUUGUAUCUCUGAUAUAUGUCUCCACUUGCUCUUACAAAUGCCAAAUUCAUCAAACAAUGGGUACACAGCACCAGAAUUAUCAACACAAAACACUAUGAACACAAACCAAAACCCAAGAAAAUUUUCUCAAAAGAGUGAUGUUUAUAGCUUUGGAGUGGUUUUGUUAGAGAUUUUGACGGGGAAAAUUGCAACAAGUGAAGGGGAAACAAGUUUGGCAAAAUGGGUACAAAGGGUUGUGAACAAAGAAUGGACUUGGGACGUGUUUGAUUUUGAACUUGCAAGGUAUAAAGAAAUGGAAGAUGAAAUGGUUGCACUUUUAAAAGUGGCUAUGGCUUGUUUGGUUUCAUCUCCUAAAGAUAGGCCAAAGAUGAUUGUUGUGGAGAAAAUGAUCGAAGACAUCACGAAAAGAGAGAACAAAUAGAGGAACGAGCCCAUUAUCCAUCGAGUUUUGAAUCGUGCGUCACUGACCCUCAAGAGAACAGGAAGAAAAAUAGAGUUCUUUACUACUAAUUUUUCUCCUUCUAUUCACAAUUUGAAUUUGAUUCUUGGUAGACAAUUAGUCAUGAUGUUUUUUUUUUUUUUUUUUUUUUCCAAUUUUUACCUAGAAAUAAUUUGGUAAAAUACUAUAUCAUUCUUUACUAUUUUUAUUUUGGUUUUCUUGUAUAAGCUACCCAUUUCUUACAAUAGUAUUUGCCAAUGAGUGUAAAAAUAAUAAUACAUGGAUCACAUAAUUGUUUUCUUCUUA